CCCUUUACUAUAAAUUAAGCCACCCCAAAAAAAUAAAAAACAGACAAAACAACAAAUAAAUUAAUUUAUAAAGACAACCCUCAUCCUUUAACUUUCCUCUUCAUCCUUUUCCUCUUCAUUAUUCACAUCAUCAAACGUAGUCUUUCUUCUUCUUCUUCUUCUAAUGGCUAUAGCAGCUGAGUCACAGUUCCAUGUCCUUGCUGUAGAUGACAGCCUCAUGGACAGGAAACUCAUUGAGAAGCUGCUCAAGGUUUCAUCAUUCCAUGUCACUACAGUUGAUUCUGGGAGCAAAGCUUUGGAGUUCUUAGUGUCCCCUGAUCAACAAGAGAUUGAGGUGAAUUUGAUCAUUACAGACUACUGCAUGCCUGGGAUGACAGGAUAUGAUCUGCUCAAGAAAAUUAAGGAAUCUUCAUAUUUGAAGGAUAUCCCAGUUGUGAUCAUGUCAUCUGAGAAUGUGCCAUCAAGGAUCAAUAGAUGCUUAGAGGAAGGAGCAGAGGAGUUCUUUCUAAAGCCAGUACAGUUAUCAGACAUGAGCAGGCUCAGGCCUCAUCUAAUGAAGAGCAAAUCCAGAGAAGAGAAGAGCAAUGAAGAUGAAGAUUCCAGCAGCACUGAGAGCGUUACAAGCAAAGAAAGCAGCAGUAUCAAGAGAAAAGCAACUGAUGAGGAGAUUUUGCCUGAAAAAACUAGGCCAAGAUUAAGCACCAGCUUGACAAUUGAGUGAUGCUCGAAAUAAUAAAAAUACUGUAACAAAAUCUUUUGAGAGCUACCCAAUUUUGUUGUGAUAAGAUGGUAGAAAUAUAGGCAACACUGGUUUUUUUUUUGUUUGUUUUUUUGGGGGAAUUAAAUUAGAUGUGGGUUGGUUGUACAUUUGAUGGGUUAUGAUGAAUGAUAGAAAACAUGUUCAAAUUUUAUUUAA